GCGCCUGAGACCCGCGGAGCAGCGAGCCCGAGCCGUCGGCGGGAUGAUCCGACGGGCAGGGGCGCCCGCGCGCGGGGACCCGGCGGGUCCUGUUCCAGAUGUUGACAAAGGAGAGGAAGAGGAAGAGGAGGACAGCUUGGGACUGCAUCUGCCUGUCACCUCAAAGAACUGCCUUCCUCCCCGGGGCAUCAGUAUCCUGGAGAAGCUGAUCAAGACGUGCCCUGUUUGGCUGCAGCUGGGGCUGGGCCGGGCAGAGGUGACCCGGAUCCUACACCGGGAGGUGGCCGGGUUGUUCCUGGUCCGCCAGGACAGCAGUGUAAAGCGCCUGGUGCUCUGCGUCCACUUCCCUUCCCCGAGCAACGGCUCCUCCGAGGUGUUGGAGUAUACCAUCAAAGAAGAGAAAUCCAUAUUGUACCUGGAAGGCUCGGUUCUUGUAUUUGAGGACAUCUUCAAACUGAUCGCAUUCUACUGUGUCAGUAGAGACCUGCUGCCCUUCACACUUCGGCUGCCCCAGGCCAUCCUCGAGGCCAGCAGCUUCACAGACCUCGAGACCAUCUCCAACCUGGGCCUAGGCUUCUGGGACUCCUCACUGAACUCCCCACGAGGACGUGGCCGCCCACCCGAGCCCCCGAAAGACCCAGCCCCUGGGGGCCCUGUGACUUCCAGCCUCGGGUCCACCGCCCAUGACGAAAACUGUUCCUGCGAAAUCGAGCUGUCGGUAGGAAGCGAGCGCCUGUGGUUUGUGAACCCUAUUGUCAUCGAGGCCUGUGGAGGCGCCCUGCCCGCUGACCUGUGGCCGCCCGGCAGCUGCCUCUCCCGCCCUGAGCCUGCCACCUCCGACGCUGCUACCUCACCCGCCUCCAGGUGGGCCCCCCGCCGCCCGCCGCCCCUGCCCCCAGCGCCCUCCCCAGCCCGGGCCCCUGUGCUCCCUGCUCCUGCUUGUCCCCUGCCCAGCAGCCCCCCAGUCUCGGCCCCCCACCUCCCACCCCAUGUCCCAGGCCCCACAGACCAUCCAAACCAGCCACCCAUGACAGCCUGCGAGAGGCUCCCACACCCCACUGCAGGCCUGGGCGCCUUCAGGGAGCAAGAGAUGAAGCCGCAGACGGCCCCCAGCCCCUUGCAAGCGAGCGCUGGCCCUCCAAUGCCCACAAAGAAGAGCCUUCCGGCCGUGCCUCCCAGGCGACGCAUCUCUGAGAAGCUGUCCCUGGAAGACCAGAGAGCGGGGAUGGUGGCUGAAGGGGACCAGCCAGGCCUUUCCAGGGCGACUCUGCUCACCCUGCCUCCACAGGGGGCCUCGAGAAGCCCUGGGGACAGUCCUCAGAGGACCUCAGAGCAAGGCCAGGAAGCAGAGGCCAAAGCCAGUGAUCUAGGCAGCACGCCAGACCCUCCCAGGAAGACCAGGCAACCCCCAGUCCCGCCCCCAAGGAAAAAACGGAUCUCCCCACAAAUGCCUUCCCUCCUCUCAAGUCCCCCGGAGAGUGCCAAGCCCCCCACAAAGGAGGUAACCUCUGAGAAACCCACACCUGGUGCACCCAGAGAAGGCCAGGCCGCUGCCCUCCAGGCUGGGACUCCACACCUCCACGCCCAGCCCAGCACCUGUGCCCAGAGCUCUCCAGACUUCAAGGGCUCCCUGGCCUCCCUCUCGGAGAGCCUGGGAGUGCCCUCCUCCGCCAUGGACCAGGACUCCUACUCAACCAGCAGUGCAGAGGAGGAGCUGGAUUUCAGCAGCCCCAAUGUGAAAAAGAAGCCAUCGAUGAUCUUGGACAAGGCACGCCACCGGCUGAGCUUUGCCAACUUUACCAAUGUCUUCCACGCCUUCCUCUCCAACAACCGCAAGCUGUACAAGAAGGUGGUGGAGCUGGCGCAGGAUAAGGGCUCGUACUUUGGCAGCCUGGUGCAGGACUACAAGGUGUACAGCCUGGAGAUGAUGGCACGCCAGACCUCCAGCACAGAAAUGCUGCAGGAGAUCCGCACCAUGAUGACCCAGCUCAAGAGCUACCUGCUGCAGAGCACCGAACUCAAGGCCCUGGUGGACCCUGCCCUGCGCACAGAGGAGGAGCUCGAAGCCAUUGUGGAGUCGGCCCUCUACAAGUGCGUCCUGAAGCCCCUGAAGGAAGCCAUCAACUCGAGCCUGCACGAGCUCCACAGCAGGGACGGCUCCCUGCGGCAGCUCAGAGAGAACCAGCAGGUGGUCCUGGCCACCACCACCACCGAUCUGGGAGUGACCACCAGCGUGCCCGAGGUGCCAGUCAUGGAGAAGAUCCUGCAGAAGCUGGCCAGCAUGCACAAGGCCUACUCGCCCGAGAAGAAAAUAUCCAUCCUGCUCAAGACCUGCAAGCUCAUCUACGACUCCAUGGCACUUGGCAACCCAGGGAAGCCCUAUGGGGCCGAUGACUUCCUGCCCGUGCUCAUGUAUGUGCUGGCCCGAAGCAACCUGACAGAGAUGCUCCUGGAUGUGGAAUACAUGAUGGAGCUCAUGGACCCAGCCCUGCAGCUGGGGGAGGGUUCCUACUAUCUGACCACCACCUAUGGGGCCCUGGAGCACAUCAAGAACUAUGACAAGAUCACCGUGACCCGGCAGUUAAGCGUGGAGGUGCAGGACUCCAUCCACCGCUGGGAGCGGAGGCGCACGCUCAACAAGGCCCGGGCCUCCCGCUCUUCGGUGCAGGACUUCAUCUGCGUGUCGUACCUGGAGCCCGAGCAGCAGGCGCGGACGCUGGCGUCGCGCGCGGACACGGCGGCGCAGGCGCUGUGCUCGCAGUGCGCCGAGAAGUUCGAGGUGGCGCGGCCGCAAGAGCACCGGCUCUUCGUGCUGGUGGACGGGCGUUGCUUCCAGCUGGCCGACGACGCGCUACCGCACCGCAUCAAGGGCUACCUGCUGCGCAGCGAGCCCAAGCUCGACUUCCACUUCGUGUACCGGCCCCUGGGCGAGGGCGCGGACGGCGGCCCGCCCUGCCUGGUGGUGCGCGAGCCCAACUUCUUGUGAGGCGGCAGUCCGCGGCCUGAUGACUACGACAGUGACCCCCAGACCCCGAGACAGCCGGACGGGGGCCCGGGCUGGGCUCCCCCAUCACCCACUGGGUUAUGCAGUCACACACACCCCCAAUCAGGCCACACGCACGUGUGCACACAUUCCCAGUGCAAAGCCCACAUGUCACACGUGCGUGCCUACCCCACACGGCAGGAUAAUUGUGAAAACAUGAAAGAGAAACUGAGGCUCCAAGAGGGAAGAGUCUGCAGCCCACUGAAGCAAACAAGCCGCCCCCUGCCCGAGCGUGUCCUCUGGGACCAGACCCUCUUCCUCCACGCCCAUCCCGUCCUCAGUCUUGGCAGGGAGGAGCCUGAGCCCACUUUCCGCAAGACUGGCGGGGAAGGGGCACCUGGCCACCGCUGCUCCCUGUGCCCCUCAGGGUGGAGCUGGGAUGUGUUUCACCGCCCAGCAUCUCAGGAACAUCUCUCAGGGUGUGUGUGGAGGCAGCACCCCAGCCCAGCCCACAGCUGCCCUUAGCCAACAGCGCCCAGUUCCCCCACGGCCCGAGCCCUGCCCUGCCAGGCCAGCUCCACGGACACAGUGACGAGCCCACCUCCGCCACAGCGGAGAACUGACAGGGCCCGUCCUGGGUGGACACACGGUUGUCGCAGGGGGCACUGUGGGGACAGUUUAAUAAAAACCCUUUUGAAAAUGG